AUAUUAGUUUAUUAAAAAGUUAUAUAUAAUUUAAAAUUUUAAUAUUUGUAAAUAUGAGUUUAUAUUUUGAUUUCAAAAUAAAGACGAAUCCUAUUAAUGACGUAUCUGGUAUAGUUUAUCAUAAUCAACUUAGUUUAUUAGGAGUAAUAUCUUAUUCUUCAGAGAAACAAUGUCAUCUUUUAAUUUGUGAUGAAAUUGGAGAUGAACUCUUCUCAUGUUACAUUCCAAAUUUUUGUCGUGCUAUUGCAUAUUCUUGGCAUCCUACCCAACGUACAUUAGCAAUUGGUUCAGAAGGUGGAGAAAUAUGUUUGUGGAAUGGUGGUUCAAUAAAAGUUCUUGAAUCAAUUCAUACAGAAUCAUUAGCAUUUAUGGUGUGGUCACCACUAGGGGGUUGUUUAGUUAGUGGCGACCAAACAGGCAUUGUAGUAGGAUGGAAAUCUGAUUGUAGAGGUUUACUUCAAUUGAAAUAUAAAAUAAACUUGCAUAAUAUUCUAACAAAAGCAAUUUCAUUUCGAUGUGGGAAACCUGCUACUGAUAUUUCUAAUUUGGCUAAGUUGGCUGUUGCUGGUGAUCAAAAUGCUUUAGAUAUAUUUAGUUCCUGGCGCCCAAAAACUACAUCACAUACUCAGACUGUAACAUCAGACAACUUAACUUUUUAUUGUACUUCAGCUACAGGUCAUAUAUAUUAUAUUGAGGAAAAUGGAGAAUUAAACAAAGUUUAUUCAUCAAAUUCACCUAUUUUGAAAAUUUUGUGUCAUGAAUUAAAAGAUAUUUGUGUUAUAGUUUGUGAUGAUCAUACUUUGAGUCAUCAAAUAUGUCAUAAGGAUGGUUCAUUAACUGAAGUAUCAAAAAUAAAGCUAAACGGAAUCACAAAUGAUUCUUGUGUAAUUUGGGCAGGGCCAUCAUUAUUGGCUUGUACUACAAAUGAUCUAUCAAUUCGCUUUUGGGAUAUUGAAUCAGGAAAUAGUUACAAUUUAAAUGCCUUUCCAAUAUUGAAUAGUUCAAUACCUAAACAGACAUUUACAUCAAUCAUUUAUUCUAAAGAAAAAGGUUUGUGUGCUGCUACAAAUUUUGGAAAUAUAAUCAUUUGGCGAUUUAAUGAACAAACUGAAGAUGAGUGGAAUAUCCAGGGUUCUUGUAAAAUAAAUGAUAAAAUAAAAUAUUGUGUUUGGGGCCUAUCAAAUGUAGCAAUAUUGGCUUUUAAUAAUAUAUAUAUAUUGUGUGAACACGAACUUCUAGCAGUUUAUUACAAUCAAGUUGCUAUUACUCAAACAUCUGCUACUAAUUUGACUGUUUAUAAUUUUACAACAUAUGAUUCCUUUCAUUUUGAUAGUAAAAUUCAAGUUUUUGGGAUUGCACUUACAUAUGAAUAUGUUACAUUAUGGAAUGGUAAAAUAGUUCAGGUUUAUAAUAUAAAAUCUAAAGAACAUCAUGCAUUAGUUGGUACUUUUGCUUGUGAUGUUCAAGAAAUUAACAUAUAUGAUAGAAUUUUAAUUGUUGCUGAAAAUGAUGGUAAAUUGCAAAUUAGAACAUUUCAAGGUACAAUCAAACAAACAUUGUCUAUAGAUGCACCAACGUUAUGCAUGGCAUUGAACAAUUCUUAUUUAGCAGUUAUAACUAUUUCUGGGGUUAUUCAUGUUUGGGACUUAAAUAGAAGGGAAGCAAAAUCUAUUUGUCAUCCUAAAGAUAUUAUUUCUAACAUGAAUAAUUUUGGAGAAGCAAUUCAGUUGCGUAUUAAUAGUAAUGGUUCAAAGAUAUCAUUUACUGCUGCCAAUCAAAGUUUUAUUCCUAUGCCAUGUUUAUAUAUUUGGGAUCGUAAAUUAGAUUUGAUAAUAGAAAAAAAUUUUGAGAACAAAAAUAAUAAAUUUAAUGACACUCAAUUUAUUGUAUCACAUCAUUGGGAUGUCAAUGAGCCACACCUUUUGUUUUGUGAAGCACGAACAUUCAGAAAAUUAGAAAAAAAAAAAAUUGAUACAACUACAUAUAAUUCAAUUUCAAAAGAAAGACUCAAUAAAUUAACUUAUUCUUCAAUAAUUUUAAGUAUGUUUUAUAUUGAGCAUAAAGGUGUUAUUAUGCAAGAUAUUAUAACACAUACAAACAAUUUAUAUUCACUCAUUGGAUUAGACACACCACAUUACUUCGUACUUACAAAACAAAAAUCUGAUAGUUUAAAAGUUGACUGUUUAUUAAUGAAAGAAUUUGAAGGUAUCGAUAGUUUGACUGAAGAUAUUCGUAAAGCUAUAAUGAAUUUUAGUUAUAACUUAUGUCUUGGUGACAUAGAUCUUGCAUUUGAUUUUAUAAGCAAUAUAAACAAUGCUGAAAUAUGGACAAGUCUUGCUAAAAUGUGUGUGAAAACUAAGCGCAUAGAUGUUGCUGAAAUAUGUCUAGGUCAUAUGAAAGAUUGUAGAGGUAUUGCUAUUAUACGAUCAAUGUCAUCAGAAAAAGAACUUGAAACUAAAGUGGCUGCUCUAGCAAUGCAUUUAGGAAUGAAUGAUGAAGCUGAAGAAUUGUUGAAGACUUGUCAUCGUUAUGAUCUGCUGAACAAAUUUUAUAGAUCAUGUAAUCAAAUAUCUGCCUCAUUGAGUGUAGCUGAAACUAAGGAUCGAAUACAUCUUAGAAAUACUUACUACCAUGUUGGACGUCAUUUAGAAAUUCAAGGAGAUAUAACUAGUGCUGCUAAUAUGUAUUGUAAGGCAGAAACUCAAAGUUAUGAUAUACCAAGGAUGUUGCAAAAUGAUCUUGUUAGCCUGGAAAACUAUAUAAAAAAAAAACAAAGCCCAUUAUUAUUAAAAUGGUGGGCUCAAUAUUUAGAAGGAAACAAUGAUAUGGAGGGAGCAAUUCAAUAUUACAAACAGGCUGGUGAUGAUUUAUCUACUGUACGCAUACUUUGUUAUUUAGGAAAUUUAGAACAAGCAGCUCAAAUUUGUAUGAACUCUACUGAUAUGGCAGCAUCAUGUCAUCUUGCCAGAUCUUAUGAAGUACAAGGCUUACAUGAAGAAGCUGUAAAAUUAUAUGUUAAUGCUAGAGCCUAUAUAAAUGCAAUACGACUAUGCAAGGAACAAUAUUUUGAUGAAAACUUAUGGAAUAUUGCUUUAUUGGCAGGAAGUAAGGAAAAAAUAGAUGUAGCACAGUAUUUUGAACUAAUUUCUCCAGAUAAAUCUAUUAUUUUGUAUCAUCAAGCUGGAUGUUUACACAAAGCUAUUGAUUUAGCUUUUAAAUGUCAAGAUUUUGAUGCCAUAUCAACUAUGUCUCAAGAACUAAAUGUAAAAGAUGACGCUAAUUUACUUGUUAAAUGCUCCACAUUUUUUAUCGAUCAAGGACAUUAUGAUAAUGCUGUUAAUUUAUUAGCUAUGGCUGACCAAUAUGAAGAAGCAAUAGCGCAAUGUCAGCAACACAAAGUUAAUAUUACUGAAUCUCUUUGUGAGAGAUUAACACCAUCAGCAGAUCAUCCCCAACGUUUAAUUAUCUUAGAAAAAUUGGCUGAUUGUGCUUUAUUGCAAGCAAAUUAUCAUAUGGCUGCCAAAAAAUUCACCCAAGCCGGUCAUAAGAUAAAAGCCAUGAAAGCGCUAUUAAAAUCUGGAGACACUGACAAAGUGAUAUUUUAUGCAAAUAUUUCUCGAUUGCCAGAAACGUACAUUAUGGCUGCUAAUUAUUUGCAGUCUCUUGAUUGGCAAGAGCAUCCAGAUUUAUUGAAAACAAUCAUUACUUUUUAUAAUAAAGGAAAAGCAUUAGAUCUUCUGGCAAAUUUUUAUGUAGCUUGCGCUCAGCUGGAAGUUGAUGAGUAUCGAAAUUACAGUAAAGCUGUUGGAGCUUUAUCAGAGGCACUUAAAGUAUUAUCAAAAACCAGUGAUCAAUAUAAAUCACUUUCUGAAAAUAUUGCUAAAAAUAUUACAUUACUUAAAAAGUUUAUUGAUGUAAAAAAGCAAAUUGAAAAGGGAAAUGGCGAUUUAGCAAUGUCAACUUGUCGUCAAAUAUUGUCUGCCUCUAGUUUAGAUAUUAUAAGAUAUGGAGAUGUUUAUUCAAUAAUGAUUGAAUAUUAUACAGCACAAGAUGAUAAAAAUAUGGCUAUUCAGUUAGUAAAUGAAUUUCUGUCUCAUACUAAGAAAAAUGAUAAUCUUUUUUAUUAUAUUGAUAAAGGAGUAUGGAUGAAGAAUUUGAAGAGACAUAUGAACAGAUUGAAGAACUCAUGCAAAUAACAGAAUGCAACUCAAACGUAUUUAUCAUAGGUGAUUUCAACGCCUCAAUAAACUCUAGGCAUCAGAAGAAGAAUAGCAUUGGCAAAGCAAGCAUUUUAAAACAGCUUCUCACUAAUAUACAUCUGAGUAUUAGCAUAUGUAAGAAAUUCGUUAAAACAUUUGUCUGGAGUGUGCUUUCAUAAGGCAGUGAAACGUGGACAAUUGACAUGAAAGACAGAAACAUUAGUUAUGGAUAUGGAAAAAAAUGACAAAGACAAAAUGGAUAGACAAGAAAAAAAAUUAGAAAGUGCUAGACGAUGUACGAGAAGAAAGACAGCGAAUGAAGGUGAAUUAAAUCAAGAAAAAUAAAGUUAAUCGGACUAAUCAUCAAGCACAUUGAUUUUAUAAUCAACAUCUUCGAAGGAAAAAUAACUGGAAAGAAACCAAGAGGACGCCUAAAGAAACAAUAUUUUGAAAAUAUCCUGGAACUCAUGAACUGUGCAUCUUUUGUUUCUCUGAAGAAUUUGACGUCAAACAAAGAGGAGUGGCUCAACAACAAGGCAUUGCCUUGAUGAUGAUAUUUCAAUUGUUAUUAUUUAAAAAAAUUUUCUAAAAAUUUGCCCAACAACAAUUAUAAAAUACAUUCAAAUAACUUAUAUUAUGAUUUUAAUGUGAAAUU